AUGGGAUUCUUCACAUCACCUACUUCCUUCCGGCUUGCUAAUCUAGCUACUGGCAAUGAUGUCGGCGCAUCAUCUAUCUCAACACGGUCAAUCACAGAUGUCGCAUUCGGAUCUUUGGCAAAUGAUCAUUCUUCACAUCCUGCCCUAGGACAUCUUGUCCUUUUAGUUUUUGAAGCUGUGAUGGAAGUCGUAUGUGUCAGUUUACCUGUUUUUACAAAAUUGGCAUCUCAAUUAACAGCGGAUAAAUUAGUCGAACUUGCAGUCAUACCGGUGAUUUUCAUUGUACAAACGCUGGUAUCAUACUUGGUCUCGAUAGGAGUUGGCAAAGCAUUUGGGUUUGGAAAAAGACCCGCAAACUUUGUGACUGCUAUGGGAGUAUUCGGAAAUUCGAACUCUUUACCCAUCUCUCUCGUCAUUUCAUUGUCGCAGACAUUGAAAGGUUUACAUUGGGAUAAAAUACCAGGAGAUAAUGAUGACGAGGUAGCUGCAAGAGGUAUUCUAUACCUUCUCAUCUUUCAACAACUAGGUCAACUCGUUCGUUGGAGUUGGGGUUACCAUGUUUUACUUGCACCACCUGAAACAUAUAAGGAUGAAGAAGAGGGUCGAUAUAGAGAUGAACCUGUUUUGAUUCCCGGUUUGGAUGGUGAUGAAGAUUCGGAAGACCACGCUGAAUCAUCUGCGAAUUCUUCUGAUUUCGGUGGUAGAACCCCAGUGAACCAUGCUUUACUCGACAAUUCCGAAGGAGAAGAACCUGUGAAAUUACCAGGUAUUAUGGCUACACCAGUCAAUGGAAAUCAUUUACCAGGAAACAAUCAUGAUAUUAUUUCAUUCCCAAGUAUUCCAACACCACAAUCGGAGAUGGAAAUUCCAGAUGGAAUCAGAGGUUGGAUCCCACGCGCCAAAUUUCACACCAAACAAAGUGUCGUCAAAGCAUCUCAUCAUAUCUAUUAUUCUCUACCAGCUCCAGCACAAAGACUUUUAACCAGGGUUUCAGACGCUACCAACAGAUUUUUGAAUGGUCUUUGGGAAUUCAUGAAUCCUCCUCUUUGGGCUAUGCUUCUCGCUGUCAUUGUCGCAUCUAUUCCAAAACUUCAACAUCUUUUCUUCGCUGAAGGUUCCUUUAUCGCUAACUCCGUUACACGCGCCGUAUCUCAAUCGGGAGGUGUCGCCGUUCCUCUCAUAUUAGUCGUCCUUGGUGCCAACCUCGCUCGAAAUACUCUCCCACAACAUGUCCUCGAUGAAACUUCCGAAGAAAAUCAAAUCGGCACCAAACUUCUCAUUGCCUCCUUGAUAUCGAGAAUGUUAUUACCUACAUUGAUCAUGGCACCAAUAUUAGCACUUACCGCAAAAUAUGUUCCUGUGAGCAUAUUGGAUGAUCCGAUCUUUGUCAUUGUUUGUUUCUUAUUGACAGGAGCACCAAGUGCAUUACAAUUGGCACAAAUCUGUCAAAUCAAUGGGGUUUAUGAGGGAGUGAUGAGUAAAUUACUCUUUCAAAGUUAUGUUAUUUGGAUUUUACCAAGUACUUUGGUAUUGGUUAUGUGUGCGUUGGAGGUUGUUGAGUGGGCUGCUUAG